AUGCAGUUUUUGUUUGCUCCUCUUAUUGCUUCUCUCUUUAUAUCCAGUGCUUGGGCUGAGCCAGACGUCUUUUGCAAGUCAUUUGGUUCCAAUUCGAAUAACGACUUCUGUGUUUCAUUGUCGACGUAUGUUGACACGGCCAUUUCAAAACAAGAUUUCAUCUUUACUUUCAAAAGAACUCAGUAUGACGCUGCUGGCUGGACAGCCUUUGGAAUGGGAAAUCAUAUGGAUGGAGCUUUGAUGUUUAUCCUUUAUGGAGACCCAAAUUCACAUCUGCCACCCACCCUCAGCAUCCGCUCCACAACCCACCAUAUGGCUCCAGCUGCACUGGCUAUGGGAGAUCAGCAUCAGAACGGGGUCCAUGUUGGCUACCUGGAUGUUGGAUGGGAGACCUCUGACAGGGACCAGGCGAGAGUCGCGUCAGCAAGCUUUACCUGUUAUGGGUGUAAUGCUUGGUUCAAUGCGGACAUUAGCGCCUCAACCCACGUUUUGCCUAUGAUCUGGGCUGUCAACACCGAUCAAUAUUUAUCCACCUCAAAUUACUCGGAUAACGCGCCAUUGUUUCUUCACGACCGCUUCGGCAGCUUCGAUCUCGAUAUGUUCAAGGAAACAACAUUAGCACCCCCUCAGCUUCCCGACACAAUCGCAUAUAAUAUCGCAUUAUCAUCCUUCGCCGGCGAAAAUCCCGAACAUGGAAACCCCCCUGCCGCUGAGGACACCUCUGAAAAUCCUCGAUAUAUAUUAUCGCAGAGAAAGCUCUGGGUUAUUCACGGGCUUCUCAUGGCCAGUUCAUUCUACGUGUUUUUCCCUAGUGGAAUUCUCUUUCUUCGCGUUUCUUCAGCCAAGUCCUUCAUCGUUCAUGUUUCCAUGCAAAUGCUAGGCUCCAUGACUGCCUUUGCUGGAAUGACCCUGGGUUUUCUGUUGAGUCAUGGAGUUCAUACCUGGCAUCAAUACAUUGGCCUUGUCAUAGCCACCACUAUCCUACUUCAAGGGAUUCUCGGAUGGAUGCACCACAUGAAAUACGAGCGACUCAAGCGCAAGACAAAGAUGGGAGAUGUGCAUGUUUGGCUGGGAUGGGUAGUUUUGAUACUGGGCUGGACGAAUGUAGCCAUGGGUCUACGCCUCAGUGACUACACAGUGACCCUUCAGGGCUGGUUUGUGGUCGCCGCAUGUCUGGAGUUUGGCGGCCUUGUAUUUGUCGCGUAUCGACAUAGAGCCGGUAAACCAGUGGGAAUGCCUCAUAUUCCAGUAUGGUCUCUCCUUUCAAGAAAAAAGACGGUUCGGUGGGCCAGGCAUGCUCCCACAAAUGGGGCUUCGGCUCCGGGUAGCGAAAGCCUCUACACACUAACGGCAGAAGGUGAGGACCAAUCUUCCGACAGCAAUGAGGCAAUGCAAGAGAACGAUCUGGGCAAGAGCGAGAGACCCCGAAUGAGCUCUCAGUACUAA